UUCCCUUCCUCCAGGCUGUAACAUCUUUCCCAGUUCCCCCUUCCUCUGCCUUCUCACCCCUGCUCUGAUUUAGAUCCUAAAUCAAGACCAUAACCUUUCAGGGGGUCUCUCUGCUUCUGAGCCCUCAUGGGAUAAUCCACCCAUACGCCACUCCUUAAUUACUCUCCCUAAAACAUACUCAAGCUCUCCCGAGUGACUGCAGAUGGUUUGCAGCAUCCGGCCUGAAUUUCUGGGCUCAGCCCAGAGGCCCCCACCAUAUGCCCUGUAUCGUGACUCCAGCUUUUAGUUAGUCACUUCUGAGAAUAAGAGCUUUGUUUUAUAUUUCAAAAUCAAAUCAAACAUAGAUUGUAAAUAAAUCCUAGCCAAAAAAACAACAAAAAUUAAAUCAAGAGCUUUUAACUAGUGCAUAUUGUGUGCAUACAUUCACGCACACAGUCAUGUCCCCACGGCUUGUGUUUGCAGAUGGCAUGAGUGUGUCUGAGCCUGCCACUCCAGUGCUCGAGGCCAAGGGGCUGUGUGGGAUCAAACAGCUCACAGUCGGUUUGCUAAGCUGUGCACCCUGCCUUGGGGCUGCAUCAUUCUGUGAGGAGCUGUGCAUUUGCUAGUCUACCUAAGCCUCAGAGCUUGUCUUACUAUUUUCUGACAAGCUUCCUCUUGGAGGAAAAGAGCAGUCCAAGGACAGGACAGGCCCAGGUAAAAUAGUGAAUAAAACGAGGAAGGCACAUCUUACGAGCAGAUGGAUGUGUUCAGGUGUGAGGGAAGAGUGACCCGAAAUAUAAACUACAGCAUCACAGCAUUUCAGAGUUCAAAGGUCCUUAAGGGUUUCUAGUCCAAUCCUAUUCUUUCAGGCCAUAAAGCUGAGAAGGCUGUUUCUUACCGCUGGUUUCCCACUGUAGCUCUGGGCGAAGGCGGUUCCCAGCUCUGGGCAAGUUCACUAUAGAUUCAGUGAGACCAAAUAAUGACAACAGAAUGUCGGAGGUAAAAGGAGUUCAUACCAAGCUUUAUUCUCAGGGCAGAAGGCUGAGCACUGAAGCCCCGUCCUCCUCCGUCUCUGCCCUCCACUCGGCCUCUGCCCCUCUCUCUCCUGCUCUCUUGAGCUCUUCUCUAGGCUCUGCUCUCCUGCGUCCCUCUGUGCUUAGCGUCCAGCAGAACUCCUACAGCAACACCGCCUAACAGCUUAUUGCCAACGGGUAUGCAAGCACGCAGUAGGCUAAGUAUUACCUCAUCACACAUAUACAAUGGCUAUCAGGUGAGGAUCCUGGCCAUGGAACUUCCAUUUUCCCUACACCCACCUAGUCAGGGGAGAGUUUCAAAACCUCUUUCCAGUCUCUCUCAACUGCUUCCCUUCUGAGGCCUCCUAGGUAAGCCUGUGUUUCUCCCUCACAGCCUGGGAGCCCCAGCAGGAGCCAGCCCGUCAACCUGAACCAUUAUGCCACCAAGAAGAGCGUGCCAGAGGGCAUGCUGGGCAUGGCUCUCUUCCUGUCCAACGCCAAGCAGCUGAGAGCGGUGCUGGAGCAGGGGCCAUCCUCUCAGUAUUACAGCAUGCUGGUCACCCUCAUCAGCAUCUCUCUGCUCCUGCAGGUGGCCACUGGCAUCCUCCUUGUGCUCAUUGCACGACUGAACCUCAAUGAGGCAGAAAAGCAGUGGCGACUGAACCAGCUCAGCAAUGCUGCUGGCACCCUGGUCUUCAUCACCCUUGCCAUCAGCACUUUCAUUACAGCCUUUGGGGUGCGUAAAACGGGGUUUCUGGCUGCCAGGACCUCAAGGAAUCCUCUCUGAGCACAGCCCAGGCCCCAGCCUUCUUCACCCAGGCUGUCCACCAGCUGUUCUCAAUCUCCACAUCUGCUGAACAGAAGGUGCCUGGUCUGCUAUCAGGUUGUGAGU